GCAAGACAGAAACUUUUGAAAAUCAUUUUGCAACGCUUAAUUUUUAUCAAUAAAUGUUCGUGCAAGUGCUCAAAAUUGUUCAACUGCGUGUCUGAGAGCAAUAACUGAUGUGAGGAAAUGCUCUCAAUGUAAUUUAAUUACUUGCCUGACCUCAUGCUGACCAAUUCAGUGUCGUUGUAGCCCACGCGUUGUUAUGAGCAAUCAUGUAAUGCGCGGAAGUAGGUAAAUGUGGCUCCAGAAUUGGUAAAGGCCUUACCGUGUGCAGUCAACCGAGAACAUGUCACACAACAGACCCCAAUGGCAGCUCCAAGCUAUAGCGGCCCAAAAGCGCGACAAUGAGCUCAGACGUGCAGAAGAGCUUAAGAAAGUGGCCAGCUACUUUGAGGUUAACACCAACAAGUCAAGGCAUCAUGAGCAGUGGACCACAGAGGGCUACUAUGAAAGGGCUAAUAAAGAAGCAGAAUUAUUGAGUGAAAAGAAGAUAAGGGCUGCACAACUGGAAGAGAGGCGCAAAAAACUGGAACUGAUGUUAUUCCAAGAGAACAUGCAAUACCAACAGGAGCUCAAAGCUUUGGCCGCACAGCCAAAGUUCUACAAAAAUGGAUCAUAUCUCAACAAAGUCCCAACAUCGACCCUGCAAGCGAUCAACCAAGGCAUCGUGGAGAAAGAGGAGCAGAUGAGGAAACAAGAGGCUGAACUGAAGUUAUACCACGCGUGGAGGUUGCGACAGCCGGAGCUACGGGCUGCCAGCUCGUAUAUAGCUAAUGGAAAGCUAAAAUCGGCUUGGAUGGAACAAAUAGUAGAGAAAGAGAUGCAAAAGAAGAAAGAAGAAGAAGAUACGAGGAAAGUUCUGCAAGAGAGAGACGAGGCGUUGCGUCGACAGAUACUUAUCGAAGAAGAGAGACUGAGGGAAAAGGAACUUCAAAUGAAAGAACUUCGAAGCAGCUUAGAAGGUCAAAUAGCAGAAUUGAGCGAAAAGGAAACAAUAGUCAAAAAACUUCGAAAGCAAGAAGAGAAAGAAAGACUAAUCUUGCAAGAACUACAACUUCUAUCAAGUGAAAGGGAGAGGGAACAUCUGAAGCUUGUGGCAGAAAGAGACGCACAAAUAAUCAACAUGGGCCUUCACAAGUAUAAACUGAAAAGAAAAGUUAUAUCUGUGUUAAAUGAGAUUGAACUGGAACUUAAAAUGUUAGAUAGGAUUCGAAAGAGUGUAUUAAAGGAAUACGAAUCCGAUCGCGAGAAAUGCGCCAAUCACAAACGAGUAUUGGACGAGGCGUUACGUGCGCUAGAAGAGCACAGAGAAAGAGAGCGGCAGAGACAAAAGAAUAUCGAAACGAUGUACGACGGCGAAGCGAGACAAAUAAAUGAGAAACAAGACAAGCUGUGGGCAAAGGAACGCGAAGCCCGUAGCAUCCUUAUGAAAGAAGUUAUAGACACCCUCAAGAGGCAAGUAGAAGAUAAACUAGAAGCCAACAUUCAACUGCAGAAGGCGAAUGUUCUGGAACGGGAGGAAAUUCUGCAACAAAUGGACAGCUUCCAUCAGGAAGUGCGCGCUAGGGAGCGAGAGACACAGUUGAAAAACACGCAAUACUCGACGAUAACUGCGCUGCAAUCGCAACUCAACGGCUUACGCCUACAGAAGGAGCAAAUGGAGGAGCUCGCGAACCGUGAGGCGGAGUUACGCGCCGCGGCUACACACGAGCGACUCUUGCGCGGGGAAAUCGCUCGCGCUCAGAGGGAAGGCAACACUCAAGCUUGGGUUUAGACUUAAGCCACUUAGGGCUAGUCAUUUAUUGUAUACUGAAUGCUAGGUUAUCGGGUCUAUUUGUCCAUACUGCAAUGUGUCAAACGAAUUACACAAGUGAUAGUACGGAUAACUUGCAAGAUGAAUAAUAAAUGCGCUUCUUAACGGCUUACGCGUACAGAUAGGGCAAAUGGAAGAGCUUGUGAGCCGUGAGGCAGAGUUUAACUGGCAAGCAAUACUCAAUGAUAAAUGCGCUUCAAUCGCAACUCAACGGCUUGCGCCUACAGAAGGAGCAAAUGGAGGAGCUCGCGAACCGUGAGGCGGAGUUACGCGCCGCGGCUACACACGAGCGACUCUUGCGCGGGGAAAUCGCUCGUGCUCAGAGGGAAGGCAACACUCAAGCUUGGGUUUAGACUUAAGCCACUUAGGGCUAGUCAUUUAUUGUAUACUGAAUGCUAGGUUAUCAGGUCUAUUUGUCCAUACUACAAUGUGUCAAA